AAUCUCUCUCUCUCUCUCUCUCUCUGAACCUCUUUCCUGGUUUCAGAUAUACUUUGUUGGAUCUGUGGAGCAUACAUCUUGAUCUCUCCUUAUAUAACUUCCCUCUGCUCUCACUCUGAUGAUUUUCUCUUCUUAGCCAAUACAAGAAAUUUAGCAAGUAUGAGGCCGCCUACCUCACUUAAGAAAGAAUUCCUCAAGAAAUGGAUAAUGGGUCUUCAAUUAUGUAGUUCUUCAAAGAAGGAAAUGAGCUUUCUGGAGAGAAAGAAGGCCAUAAAGCUAUCUGCAGAUGUGGCCAUGGCUUCUGCUAGAAAUGCUACAACUCGAUGGAGUCGUGCUCUCAUUUCCAAUGCUUCAAAAGAUGACUCUAAUAAAGAGCUUGUUGAGUGCAUAUUAGGUCCUGAGUCUGAGAGCCUAAAGAGAGCUUCGAUGAGUUUGGUCUUGUGCAACAAGAGGAAUAGAAGCAAGAAGAUUUUGAGAAAGAGCUGCAGUAUUCGCAGAGCAAGGAAAAGUUCAUCUCAAAUGGUUAUGGCCAGCUCUAUUGCAAAGAGGCUGGUGAAGAAAAGAACACAAGUGCUGAAGAGUCUUAUACCUGGUGGGGGAUCCAUGAGUGAAUUCUCUUUGAUUGAAGAAACCCUAGAUUACAUACUUUCUCUUCGAGCUCAGGUUGAUGUAAUGCGGCAUCUUGCUAAUGCCACAGAGCUCUUAAAUCGUAAAUGAGCUGAAGAUAGUGAAUUAUUUCUUCUUCCACCUUUUCUCUAUUUCUUUUUGCAAGAUUAGAUGAGUGAGAAAAGAAGCUGAUAUAGCUAAGGCAUGUAAAUAUGAACCAUAUGUAAGGAAAUCAUAGCUUUUAUUUCCC